AGGGUGGCGAGGGCCAUGCUGGCGGCGGGGCUGCGGCGGGCCCUGGGCGUGCGGCGCUGCCCCGCGGGGCUCCCCCGGGCCUGGCCCUCGGGGGCCCGGCAGGAGCGGGGCGGCGGGACGGGACCGGGACCGGGACCCGGGCCCGCCCGGUGGCGGUGGGCCCGGCCAGGCCCGGCCCUGGGCUUCCUAGGAGCCCUCUCGCUCUUCCCCAGGGACGCCGAGGAGGACGGCGAGGCCGCCAUCGUCCUGCUGCUGAAGAGAGCCAAGCUCAGCACGAUGAAGGGCGAGCUGGCGGAGGCCGAGAGGGUUCUGCACCAAGCCCUGCGCCUGGCGCACCAGUCGGACGACAGGAGGGCCAUCGUCUACACCUACAGCAUGAUGGCAAACGUGGCCUUCAUGCAGGGGCAGCUGGACAAUGCAGAAAAGCUCUACAAAGCAGCUAUGAGCUUUUUGCUAGCAGGAGACACAAAGGAGGAUGACAAUGCAGUCCUCGAGAUGUCCCUCAAGCUGGCCAGUAUCUAUGCUGCUCAGAAACAGCACAAGUUAGCCCUGGCUGGCUAUGAGUUCUGCAUCCUGACCUUAGAGGAGAAGAUUGCCAAGCAAAAGGAGAUGCCUGAGGAUGUCUUGUCAGCUGAAGAAAAAGCCAACACCCGUCUCUUGCUGGGGAUGAGCCUGGACUCCUAUGCUCGCUAUCUCCUAAACAUUAACCAGCUCCCAGUGGCCCAAAAGAUGUAUGAGAAGGCUCUGCAGAUCUCAAAGGAUGUUCAGGGAGAGACUCAUCCACAGACUGUGGUCCUCAUGAAUGACUUGGCAACUGUGCUGGAUGCUCAGGGACACUACGAUGAGGCAUACUCCUAUGUGAAGAAGGCAGCUGAACUGGCAAAGGAGACUCAACACCCCGAGGAGCACAUGGUGCUGAACAACCUGGCAGCAAUUCUGAUGCACAAAAAAGACUUUCUGCAAGCAAGACAAGUGUAUAAAGAAGCUCUGAAGCAGGCAGAACAGAAGGGAGAUGUUGCUUCUGUCCAGCACAUCCAGGAAGAACUAGCUGAACUGGCCAAGAGGAGAAAGGGCUCCACCUGAGUUUGGCCAGAGUCCAAGCUGCAGGUGUCUGACAGCAGCAAGGGUGGGUCAAUACAAACAGGCUGGGACUGGUGCAAUUCUCCAGAGGAAGAGCAAUCAGGAACUUAAGGACUGCUUAACAAGAAGGGCUGCUAUUGCCCAUAUAGUCCAAAAUAAAGUUGUGAAAUCAUAACUGUA